AUGCCCUUCAACUACAACAAAGUCCUCGUCCUCGGUGCCACAUCUGGUAUCGGUUGGGCUCUCUCAAGCAAGCUCGUCGAGAAUGGCGUCAAAGUUGUCGUUACUGGCCGCAGACAAGAGAAGCUCGAUGAGUUCGUUUCCCAGCAUGGCAAGGACAAGGCCGAGGCAGUACAAUUCGACAUUACACAGCUGGACAAGAUUCCUGGCUUCGUGAAGAACCUCAUGGAGUCUCACCCAGACAUCGACAGCAUCUUCCUCAACUCAGGUAUCCAGAGAGGAUUCGACUUCUCCAAGCCCGAGAGCAUUGAUCUUAGCUCGGUCUCGGAAGAGAUGAACACCAAUUACAUUUCGUACAUCCAUCUGGUCACUGCUUUCACCCCAUACCUUCAGAAGCAGAGCAAGCAGACUUCCUUCAUCUUUACCACUUCUGGAUUGGCUCUGGUGCCCAUGAAUAGAUGCCCCAACUACUGUGCUUCCAAGGCCGCACUGCACCAUUUCAUUCUAGUGCUCCGCGAACAACUCAAGAACGGACCUGGUAACAUUCAAGUCAUUGAGAUCUUCCCUCCUGCAGUUCAAACCGAGCUACACGACGCAAAGCACCAACCGGACAUCAAGAACGGUGGACAGAUUGGCAUGCCUCUUAAGGACUUCACAGAUGCCACAUGGGCGGGACUCGAUGCUGGUAAAGAUCAAAUUGCCGUUGGUAUGUCCGAGAGUUCCUUCAACGGAUGGGAGCAAGAAAGACAAAAGGCGUUCCAUGGCAUGAAUGCCCACAUAGCCAAGAUGAUGGCACAGCAUUCGGAGUAA